AUGCGAACGGGGCGUGACGUCCUCACUUCUCUCUUCUCACUUCUCACUCUCAGCACCAUAGAGAAGCAGAACGCUUGGUGUCGGAUAAUUCCGCACCGGAUAAACCCCAUCCACGUGGCUCCGUCCAAUUCGCCAGAUUUCUCGUGCCUCUUCCUUGGAGAUAAUUCAGUCACACAACCCGACGAACAAAAUCGAGCUCACAAAAAGGCCGAGCCAGCUGAUCAGGCGAGGGUCGUCUGGGAAUUCUCUCUCUAUCCGCCCAUGGCUCCCACCCUCACUUCCAAUUCAUCUCUCCUGACCAGCGCGCCCCAUUCGAGACUGACCCCCUGGAACCCCAGGCUCCGCGUCAUUGCCAAGAAGUCUGGAUCCUUCCCUCCCCUUCGCCUGGGCAAACCCCGGGAUGAUUAUUCUUCUGAUGGAGGAUCACCGUCGGACAGCCCCGCUAAUUCCAAUCCCUUCCGUUUCGACUUUGGCAAGAUUCCUGACGUCACCUCUUUGAUCCCGGUUCCCAGAAAUCCCACUUCGCCGGGUCUGUCAUUCGGCACCCCCAGGCGCAAGGACCCAGCUACAGUGUUUGUUGCCGGAGCCACUGGGCAGGCCGGUAUUCGAAUUUCACAAACUCUGCUCAGGCAGGGUUUCAGUGUCAGAGCUGGUGUCCCCGAACUUGGUUCUGCACAAGAAUUGGCUCGCCUUGCUGCUCAAUAUAAGAUUAUAUCAAAGGAAGAAUCAAAGCGCUUCAAUGCAGUGCAAUCGAGCUUCGAAGAUGCGGAAUCAAUAGCCAAAGCAAUAGGGAAUGCUAGCAAAGUAGUUGUCACGAUUGGGCCCGCAGAGAAUGGUCCAACUUCGGAGGUCUCCACAUCGGACGCCGUGCAAGUAGUCCAAGCUGCCCAACUGGCCGGCGUCAGCCACGUCGCUAUCAUCUACGACGGGAACACUUCCGGCGCGUCGACAUACAAUGUAUUGGAUGGCAUCUCGUCGUUCUUCAACAACCUGUUCUCACGGUCUCAGCCCUUGAGUGUACCAGAGUUCUUGCAGAAAGUGAUUGAGACGGACGUCAGCUAUACCUUUAUCAAGACAAGUUUAACCGAUGAUUUCUCGCCGGAGAGUUCCUACAACGUGGUCGUCUCAGGUGAAGGAAGCGCAGGAGCAAACGACUAUAAAGUUGCCAAGUCCAAGAUAGCAUCACUAGUGGUGGAUGUUUUCUUAAACACAGAAGUAGCAGAAAACAAGGUUGUGGAGGUAUACGCGGAUCCAGAAGCCCCAGUGAAGCGCGUUGUAGAACUUUUCAGGACAAUCCCCGAGGAUGGAAGAAGGAAAGCCUAUGCAGAAGCAGCUAAGAAGGCUAAAGCAGAGGAAGAGGCAACGGUGGCCGCAGAAAGAGCUCGUGAAGCCGCGGAAGACAAAAAGCUGGAAGAAGAAGUGAAGAAGCUGUCGAAGGAAGAAGCGAGGGCUGCCAGUCUAGCUUCAGAAGCCCAACAGAAGGCGGAGGCUGCCGGGGCUUCCGUAGAUGCCCUCCUGAACAAGGCAAGAGAUUUUGGUGCAGGCAUAUCGUGGCAGCGGUUGAGCUUACAGUUGGCCACCUCGAUGCAAAACCAAAAGUCCGACGAGGAUGAAAAACCCAAGGUACAGCUUGCCACUGUGAGGGGACAGGCCAAGGCUCGGAGUCUCCCACCAAAUAAGGCAGUGGUUAAGCAACCGAGCAGCCCUGCCGCUAAACGAAAGGAGGAUGAGGCAAAGCAAACGGAGAAAACGGCGGAGGUCAGGAGCGUAUUUGGCGGCCUGUUCAAGCAGAAGACUAUCUAUGUUGAUGAUGACUAGCCAUCAUCAUAACUCUUGAGGGUACUUCUCUGGUGCCUGAGGCCGUGUCAUUGCAAGAUUAUUUGCUUUGAACUUGCGUCUCUGUAAAGUUUCAUGACUUUAAGCCAGAUAUAUCGUGUACUUGUGCUAGUUCUAGAUUUCUAGUGAGAUUAAGGGCAAGGCAAAAAUAAUAAAACAGGUUUUCCCCCGUCUUCUUGGA